CUCCAGCUAUUGCGGAAACACGGAAAGCAUUUAGCCUUCAAGCAGAGGACAACGUUGCUGAAAACAUAUACUAUUUGGUAUUUAAUUUGUUUACUAAAGCCAAACUUAAAUAGAAUGUGACUUGUAGUAUUAGUUUUUGCGUUGUAGUUUUAUAUUCGUCCUGCACAGAGCUCCCAAAGUGCAAGGAAGUAAACACAUAAACAAACCUUAUAUCAUUUUUAUCUGACUGACUUUUCCAUGGAUUAUGAAGCGCUGUGCACUGUGCUUGGAUGCGUGUCGGGGAUAGCUGCAAGUGGACUCCUCUUUGCAGCCUACAGACUUGGCUUACUUUAUCAGUUGUUCCAUAAGACAGAGACGAAAAGUCCCCGUCAUGGGGGUGAGAGUGUGGCUGAGGUUCUGCGCGCUCAUGGAAUAAAGUAUGUGUUCACUCUGGUUGGAGGACACAUCUCUCCCAUCCUAGUGGCCUGUGAGAAAGUGGGCAUUCGUAUUGUGGACACCAGACAUGAGGCCACAGCAGUCUUUGCAGCUGAUGCAGUUGCGAGGCUUUCAGGAACUGUUGGUGUGGCGGCAGUUACUGCCGGACCAGGACUCACCAACACUGUCACAGCGGUAAAAAACGCUCAGAUGGCUGAAUCCCCCUUACUGCUCAUAGGGGGAGCUGCUGGCACUCUUCUUCAGGGUAGAGGCGCACUGCAAGAUAUUGACCAAAUCUCUCUGUUUAAGCCUUUGUGUAAAUUCUGUGCUUCUGUCAGAACUGUUCGGGAGAUUGUACCCACUGUUAGAAAGGCCCUGGCUAUUGCUCAGUCAGGAACUCCAGGCCCUGUCUUUAUAGAGUUUCCCAUUGACACACUGUACCCCUACCACAUUGUGUCUAAAGAGUUUGGUGUUAAAAACCCCCCAAAGGGCUUAAUGGGCAAAUUUGUCUCCUGGUAUCUUAAUAAUCACCUCAUGAACCUCUUUGCUGGAGCAUGGGAGCUGAGAGAUGUGUCUCCUCUUCCUGUGAAUAUCCCACAGGCUACAGAUGAUCAGUUACAGACAUGCAUAGAACUGGUAAGUAGAGCAAAGAAGCCAGUUAUCCUGCUUGGAAGCCAAGCAACACUUCCUCCAACACCAGCUGAUGAUAUCAGGAAGGCACUGGAGGACUUGGGCAUACCUUGCUUCCUGGGUGGCAUGUCUCGUGGAAUGUUGGGUAAAGACAGUCCUAUCCAUAUCAGACAGAACAGACGUGAUGCCCUAAAGGAGGCUGACCUGGUCAUUUUAGCUGGCACUGUGUGUGACUUCCGUCUGAGCUAUGGCCGUGUUCUGAACAGACGCAGUAAAAUUAUUGCUGUCAACAGAGAUAGGAGCCAACUCCUAAAAAAUUCAGAUAUGUUUUGGAAACCAACUGUUGCAAUCCAGGGUGAUGCUGGUUCAUUCUUGGUGAAUCUUUCCAAAGGCCUUAAAGGCCAUCGCUGUUCUGAGGAAUGGCCACAAAGCCUUAAAUCUGGUGACACAACUAAAGAGAAAGCUAACAGAACCAAAGCAGAGGAUAAGACUGAUCAUCACCUGAAUCCACUAAAGGUUCUUCACUGUGUAGAUGAACUCAUGUCUGAGAAUAGUAUCAUUGUUGCAGAUGGAGGUGAUUUUGUUGGAAGUGCUGCUUACAUUUUGAAACCAAGAGGACCUCUGCGCUGGCUUGAUCCAGGAGCCUUUGGGACUUUGGGAGUUGGAGGAGGAUUUGCACUGGGAGCAAAGCUGUGCCGGCCUGAUUCUGAGGUUUGGAUAAUCUAUGGUGAUGGAUCUUUAGGAUACAGUGUAGCAGAAAUUGACACUUUCACUAGACACAAGACUCCAGUUAUUGCCGUGGUGGGAAAUGAUGCCUGUUGGAGUCAGAUCUCUAGAGAGCAAGUCCCCAUGCUUGGUAGCAAUGUAGCAUGUGGCCUUGCAUUUUCAGAUUAUCAUGUAGUAGCAGAUGGUUAUGGAGGCAAGGGCUAUCUCAUUGGACGUGAAGACGAAGACAACCUGUGUGACAUAAUUAAACAGGCACAGAAGGAUUGUCAUGAGGGAAAAGCUACACUUCUUAAUGUUCUUAUUGGGAAAACUAACUUCAGAGAGGGCUCUAUCUCUGUGUAGAAAGAAACUACAUCAUGCCUUCACUAAAAUGGAUACUGACUUUGACCUCACCUUUACCCCAUUAUUAAAGCCAUAAUUAAGUACAUUAUUUUAGUUACCUACUUAUGUAAAAUGGAACUAUGGGCUUUAUGCUCUGCCAUGUUACAACUGGAAAAAAAAUAUUUCACCUUAUCUCACCAGUUAUUACAAAGCACAUAUAUAUAUAUAUAUAUA